AUGUCGAUGGAUGUUCCAAGGGUUCACCAGGCCUGGCAGCGGCAGGGGGGGAGUAGGGAGCUUCCCCCUUCCCAAUCAGCUAUAGCUGGGUUGUUCGAACAGAAUUAUGAUGAGCAGCGAAGUAAAGGCAGUGGCGGGCUCAGAGCAGAGGCAUUGCCAUUGGAGAAGGCACCAUCUCAGUUGAGUAAGGUAUCGCGAAGUCGAAUCAGCAGCAUAGCGAAUAACAAGCUCAAAAGGGUCGAUGUAAUUGAGGCUGAAAAACGAAAAAGCACAGAAGGUCGAGAAUACGCAACGAGGAUGACGAAUGAUGGUUCACCAAGGGAGGCUCAAGCCAAUCUCGUUCAAAGCUUCCCGUUGCUCCAUGGAUCGCAGCGCUCAGUCGUCUCUGCCCUUGAAAGGGAUUGUAUUCUUUCAUUCAAGAGGACAUCAUCAUCUGCUACUUCUUCGUAUGCUUUCUUCUUUGUUUUACUAGUGAAGCAGCCACUAGUGCAAACUAUCCCUAAUCGUACGGUGAACCCGACCUUACUUACGGCUUAUUCGCAUAUGUCGAUCGACAAGAUCGCUUGUUCAACCAAACUUCCUAUUCGAUACCUUAGCUCGUCCUCUAGGGGCUUUAGGACCAUACUUCGUCCUCUUCUUGGCUACUCGAAUUCUAUUUACUUACGCUAUUUAUCGAUGCGACCCAUGGAACCCAACCAAGUCAUAUCUACAAGCCAAUCCAAGACAAGUCUUCAAUACAUAUGUGCCCUUCUCCAUCUCCCCGUUCCCUUCUUUGGGAUUAAGACAAGACAGACAAUCUUCUAUCUACUCAAGGCCGUGUCGUUCCUUCGGCUGGAGCCAACUUAUCCUAUCGGUGAAGAAGAAUUCGUACAGUUCGCUUGUCAGCUCACCUACUUUACUUUGUCCUCUUCGCCUUAUCAGAGGCAUUCACCGCUAACCUUAGAAUCUAAACAAACUCCUAAUGAACUAAAUUCCUAA